AUCAAGAAUCAAAAGUAUGCCCAAUCAUAUAGCCAGUAAGAUACUCCAUAAUCCUCUCUCCUACAACUCAGCCAACAACAGGAAAACUAUUUUUGAAUAUUUCAAAAUUAUCAGUGAUAACCUCGGCCUUCAAACUCAAACAUUGAGCAAAGUACAACAUCCGUCGCCCCCUUGGCUGUGGUCUCCGAAUAUCAACACUCAACUCACCAACUACUGCAAACACUCCACUGACAGCACUAUCAUCCGCAAUCUCUUCUCGGAAAUAAUGUCCCAACAAUACUCCAGCAGCACACACAUAUACACUGAUGCAUCCAAAAAUUCUAAUGGAGUGGGCUUUGCAACAAUCAUAGGUCAUGAAAAUCAUAAAUUCUCUCUCCCUCCUAGCACUAAUAUCUACACAGCAGAAACUUACGCCAUCUUUGAAGCACUGAAAAUCGCCUCCUCCUCAAGUUCGGAUUCUUUCACAAUCAUAGGUGACUCUCUGAGUGCUUUAAUAUCUAUCUCGAAUCCAUACUCCAAGAAUGAACUAGUACAACACAUCCAAAAACUGAUAUCUAUCUCUAACAAAACUUUCUCUUUCAUGUGGGUCCCCUCUCACGUCGGCAUUUCUGGCAAUGAAAGAGCAGAUAAAUCCGCAAAUGAAGCCACACUUCCUCAUAAUGCCUUAAAAAUAAACCUAACUACAUCCUCAGAGUUGCUCGACAUUAUUAACACCAAAAUCUCUGACACAUGGCAAACAAAAUGGACCAGCGUCCCUCUUUCAAAUAAACUGAGAAAUAUCAAGCCCUCUAUAAAAAAAUGGAACUUCUCCUGUAACCUCAAAAGAAGGGAUGAGGUCAUUAUAACCCGCGCCAGAAUAGGCCACACUCAUCUCACCCACUCAUUCCUCAUCACCAAGGAACCUGCUCCACAAUGUGACGCAUGCAACGUGGACCUGUCGAUCGACCACAUUGUCACUAGAUGUCCAAAAUACGCCGUAGCUCGGAAAAUAUUCAAAAAUUCAUCUUCUCUCCGACUUGCCCUCAGCGAAGAAAACACAGAAGCUAUAUACAAAUUUUUUUAUUAUACACAUUUAAACAAUAAGUUGUAAAUAUUUAUAAUUUUUCAUUGUUAUAACCUUCUGCAGGCUAAUAACCUUA